AUGAUAGGUACUGUAGCCAUGAUGCCUCGCUUGGAUGACAAAGCCUCACGUCCCAUUCGAUCUUGUUCUGUUACAGCGCAUCCGUCUCAGCCGGCCUUGACAUUUACACAGACCUACUUAUGUAUAGACUCGCUACCAGUCGGCCAUUCCUCAGACAGAAAAUUGGAUUUCUAUCUAGUGCCCUCGUUGCUACCCGCGCCAUGCAUAUUCAGUCAAUUCCCAUGGGAGGGAAGCUCCAACAACUACGCUUACCUGGUAGUUGACGACAAGUCCAAGGAUGCCGUCAUCGUUGAUCCCGGUUGCGCCUAUCCUGAAGGAUGCUAUCCAGGCGGGAAAGAUCAACUUGACAGCCAUUGUAAACACCCAUCACUUGCUGAGCUGGGCAAUCCCAAGCUAGACAUUAUCGGUGGCAAAGACUGCGAGGGUGUUACAAAGACACCUGGUCACGGUGAGACCUUCAAGCUAGGCGACAUCACCUUCAAGGGCGUGCAUACACCUUGCCACACCCAAGACAGCAUCUGCUUCUUCGUGGAAGACGGAAAGGACAAAGCUGUUUUCACGGGUGAUACCCUUUUCAUUGGCGGAUGUGGAAGAUUUUUCGAGGGCAAUGCGGAGGAGAUGCACGAGGCUCUGAACAGGCGGCUUGCGGCGUUGCCUGAUGACACCGUAGUUUAUCCGGGACAUGAGUAUACCAAGGCCAAUGUCAAGUUUGCCGCAUCUGUUUCUCAGCGUGAUGCUGUACAGAAGCUGCAUUCCUUCGCCGAGAACAACAAGGUCACCACCGGCAAGUUUACCAUCGGAGACGAAAAGGAACACAACGUGUUUAUGAGGGUCGAGGAUCCUGAGAUUCAGAAGCAGACAGGUGAGACUGAGCCUGUGGCAGUUAUGGCCAAGUUACGCGAAAUGAAGAACAACUUCAAGUGA